AUGGCUCCUCUAAGUCCAAAUCAAAGAAGAUCCUCUACGUCUGCUACAAAUGGUAUCAGAGCAACCCUGACGAUAGCAGAUACUGCGUCGUGGUAUUGUUCCAUCAUAAUAGUUGUGUUAAUCUUGUUCAUCACCUUGAGGGCGGAAGAUUACAACUCUUAUUUUGAUGAUGAUGAUGAUGGUGGUCAUAAUAACUUACUCAUGAUGAAAGGUACCAACUCGCUUGAUCAUCAUCCAUGUGAUGAAAUUUACGUUGUUAGUGAAGGAGAGACCCUUCAUACUAUAAGUGAUAAGUGUGGUGAUCCUUUUAUUGUUGAACGUAACCCACAUAUUCAUGACCCUGAUGAUGUUUUUCCUGGCCUUGUUAUUAAGAUUGUACCUUCUCAUCUUAAUAACAUAAACAGGAAGUUUCUAAGGUAG